AUGAACAUUUUACCACAUAAGAGUUAUCACGUUUACAAUCUCAAGAAUCGAGAGCGUGUUCGUAAAGACGAAGAGAAAGCUCGACAGGAGGAAGAAGCAAAGGCUCAAAGAAAAGAGAUUUCGCGUGAACGUCGUCUUCAAAUUCUUCGAGAAAAUGCUCGCGCAAGGCAACAGGAAUUAUUAGAGGCACCAAAAGAGCAAGCUUCUGACCAGCUAGUAACGACAAAUCAAAAAUUAGCAAUACAAAGUUCGGCCGACACCACUGGCGGACAUAUCAAUUUCUGGAGUGACAUAGAAAAGGAAUAUGCUCGCAAAGUUUCAACCAACCCAGAAUAUGAGGCUGAAAAAAGGGCAAAAGAACAAAAAUUGGAGAGGCAGUAUACGAUGUAUCUUGAUGAAGUUUUAAAAGAUCCAAAACCAUGGUACCUUAAGAGUAAUAAUAAUAUUGGUGGUAGUAGUAGCAACAACGGAGAAGAAAAAUAUUCUAUAGAUGGAAAAAUUAAAAGAAACAAAGAAAUGGGAAUUAAAUCUGCUGACGAUCCACUACACAUGAUGAAAAUAAAUUUAGAUAAAAUGUCAAAGAAAAAAAAAAAUAAUGCGGUAUCUGAUCAUCGACAAAAGGAAAUUCAAUCUGAUUCACCUCCCUUAUCAACAAUUGAUAGACUACGUGAGGAACGUCUUAAGAGGGAGCGUGAUGAAAGAUUACGUACUCUUAAACUUCUCAACCCUCACAUGAUAAAUGAGCAAGAAUCAAAAGCACGUAUUCUCGUAGCGAUCGCUCUCGUUCAUGGAGACAUAAACCAUAUUAAAUGUCGUUAA